GUGAAUGUUUCUAGGUAUGUGCUUUUCUGUUGAUGCCAAGUUCUAGACGUAAAUUUUCCUAGAUCCGAACGCGUCCCCAAAAUUAACCACAUUUUAGGAAAAUAUCGCGUAAACUCAUUGUUUUUGAUCAAAAACGUUGAGGACACGUUGCGAAACCGUCCGAAAUACAAGUUUAGUGUUGUUUGUGCGUUUAUCAGCUGAUUGCAUUUUUGCCGGUGUUGUCACAUCAGUAUCGUUGAAAUACGCAUUGCAUGGUGUCGUUUUACGCGAAAAAGUCGGUUUUUCGACCAGUUGUUUAGUCAAAUUCGUAGUGCAAAGCCCCUUAUUAAAAAAUGUCGGGUACUGUGGACACCUUGGUCGAGAUGGGCUUCAGCAAAGCACGAGCUGAGUUAGCAGUUUCCAAAACCGGGACCGAAGACAUCCAGGUUGCCAUGGACUGGCUGCUGUCCCACGAGGAAGAGCUGGAGGACAUGCCGGAGCCCCCGCAAGCCGCCGACGCCUCCGCCCCCGAAGCGCAGCCCAGUCCCGAGGGCCAAGUCGUCAGGUCCUUCAAAUGUGACGACUGCGGCAAGCUGUUCAAGUCGCAGGACGAGGUGGAGUUUCACGCCACAAAGUCGGGCCACGAGCACUUCUCGGAGUCGACGGAGGAGAAGAAACCGCUCACUGAGGAAGAAAAGAAGGAACAACUGGCGAAAAUCGAAGCCAAGCUCAAACAGAGGCGCAUGGAGCGCGAAGCGCGCGAGAAACAGGAGGCCCUGGAGAAGGAACGCAGUCGGAUCAAGUCGGGAAAGGAGCUGCUGGAGGCCAAGAAAAAACACGACGAGAUCGAGAUGAAGAAGCUUGUGGAGCAGCGAAAGCGGGAGAAGGAGGAGGAAAGGCUGGCCAGACAGCGUGUGAAAGAACAAAUCGAACAGGACAAGUUGGCUCGGAAAGCGAAAUUUUCGGGGCAACCGCUGGAGGAAGCCCCACAAGCUGCUACGCCGGCGCCCCAACCGGCGGCCCCCAAGCCGGCGGCCGGUUACUCGGAGGUUAUGCUGCAGAUCAGGCUCACGAAUGGGUCGUCGCUUGUGCAGAAGUUCGGGGCCAAGGAGCCCCUGAGCGCUGUGAGGCUGUAUGUGGAAAUGAACCGAAAGGACGGGGAAGGGCCCUUUAGCCUUAUGACGAAUUAUCCAAAGAAGGUUUUCGGGCCUGAAGAUUACGAUGUUCCUUUAGAAAGUCUAGGUUUGGGUCCAAGGGCCACACUCAUCGUUUCAAAAUCGUAAUUAGGUCAAAUGCUGCACAAACCUUAUCUACUCUACCAUCGUACGAUAUUAAAAUUGCUUAAAUAACGCUGGAACAAUAGCUGGGAUGUUCUUAAGUAACUAGGUGUAAGUAUCUACAAAACUAUACAAAUUUAUGUUGGAAUAUUUUUUAAAAUAUACAUCAUUUUGUAAGCCAGUAGCUGCUGUAUAAAAAUAUGCAGCUCGUUGUGUGUGAAAUCUUGAGCAGUAAAUAAAUUUUUCAUAUUUC